AAGCCGACUUGAGGUGAGGCGGAGUCGUUUGUUACGGGCAUCACAACGUGGCGUUCCCGCAUGAACAAACCGAGUGCAGUGAACCCUCGAGUAUGGGCUUCUCAUCCGCUGAUCGCCUCCAUUGUCUCUUUUCUUCCUGCUGUAUUACAGUAUACAGUGACUGUUUCACUAACAAGACAUGAGUACAGAAACGCAUAGUGUCUCUUCGCGCAGCGGAGUGAAAGUGCCUCCUCGACUCGAAAGCCUCCCUAUGAUCGAAGGCGCAGAGAUGCCUCGAACGUGGUUGAGAGAUAAGGGUCAACCAUACAGACCCAAAAUUCUGUCGAGUCGCCCUUCAAACGCACUCGUCCUGGCUGCCACCCUCUCAUCAACCAUGCUCAAGAUCAUCGCCAAACUACUCGCACCUAAAGUGCCGACUACAGAUGUCGCUGGAGUGUCGCUCACCCACGAUGAAGCAGCUCAGCUCAUGUACACCUGCACUGCGCUCAAGAACGCGCUCGAUCUACAAUUCGGCACCAUCGCUAAAUUGCCCAGCAUAUCGAACGAGCACGUUGUCUCGAAAAUUCGCCAAACCCAGCUCCACCACACUGACAUCCACAUUCAAUUGUCCGUCAUUGUGUCCAAACCCAAAUGCUCGACAGCGCUGUGGGCGUAUGACUUCGGAGAUGCUCAUGCAGCGCUCGAGCGUAAGAUCGUGAGCAUCAACCGGUACUCUCGAGGACUGGAUUGGAGAGACGUAGCGCGGCAAUGCCGGCCCGUCGUCACGGUAACGUACGGGUGGCUCUUGCCCUUGGUGAUUCGAUUGCAGGACGAGCUGCGACUGGCGCUAAGGCGGAAGGAGCUAUGGACUGCAGGCAAUGCCUGUCAGGCAUUUGAAGAAGGCGACGAUGACGAGCAGCAGAAUGUGGCGGCUUUGUACACGAUUUACCCACGUGUACACUUUGUGAAGGAGGCUAUGGUUCGAGAGAAUCAAAUCGGGAGCACAAUCGCAUAGCAGAGCGUUGGAAAGCCGUCUGUUGCGGUGCUGGGCGAUGAUAGGAAGAGGACUACUAGGAGGUUUAAGGGGAAGAAGACAGAGUUCGCAAAUUGGUUGUCUGACUCUGAUUUGUAGUCCCAACGC